CUAGGUCAGGAUUUUUUUUAGUGUUGGAUAGAUGCUUAUUACCCAAGUCCCGUGUGAGAGCCACAAAGCCAGGUCUGGGGAGGUCACAGGUUGAGCCCGAGUCCUGUUAAAACCAGUAGCAUCUUGCCCUCCAGUGGAUGCCAGUUUGGCAGCCUCCCUACAGCCUCCUGCUGGGCUUCUCAUGGUGUCCCACUGUUUGUAAUGUGUUACUCAGUUCCGUUAUUAAUCCCCAUCUCUUCCAGUUCAAACAGUAAUUUGCUACAUAGUGCCUUGACAAAUGGUGUACCUGAGGUUCGGAGAGAAACGGGAGUAGGUCUAAAGAACUGGCUACCCUAGAAGACAGGAAUGGCAUAUAACCUGCUGUCAGUAAAUGCAAAUCACAUUUGCACACAAAUGUUUUCUGGGGCGUCUAGGUAUUACCAAGGUUAGGAUGAACAGAUACUCUGUCAGGUUGAAUGACACACAGAGGCCAUAUAAAUGCAAGGUGCUCAUAUUUAGGGUAAUGGAGGCCGGAUUUCUGUGGAAAGAGGAGACAGAGCAAAGAGCUAAAAUGGUUAUUAGAUCUCUGUGAUAUCAGCUACUGCUGGUUUUGGUUACCUGGUUAAUGCCAGCUGAGGAGUCAUCUUUUGUAAGUGGUUCACUGCCAACUAUGCACUUUUGAGCGUGGGCUGCGGUGUUUGUUGCUGCAGUUGCACAUAUUAAUUUUCAGCUUGGAAAAUAUCCACACCGGUCUGGAAUUUGCUCAUCUUCAUCUUUCUCCUUUUCGACAUAGCAACAACGUUCCCGGGUUAACUGCUGACUUUUGAGAGUGGAAAAGUAUGAAGUGCCUUGAUCCUUUUGUUGUAAUGGUACUCCACUGCCCACCAGUUCUCUUUCCCUCCAUUUCCUAUAUUGGCUUCAGACACAAUAAAUCUGAACAGAUUUAUGGGUAUUAAACCCAACCGUUUAGUACUGCAAACCUUCAGAAAAGUAGGAUAAGGAGGUCUGAUUUCAUCCUUUCUUGCAGCAAGGUGCAGUUCAGGCAACCUACAGACCUCCCUGAAUGCCUCCUAUCUUGAUCAUGCCCUAGAUUUUGACCUUUUAAUUUGUCACGUAGACCUCCAGCAAAGGUCCAAUACUAAACUGGAAAGUGGAGAAAAUAAUUGGCUUUUAUCCCUGGCACUGACGUUAAUGUUUGCUGUAGCUUCAGAUGUGACAACAUGCGACACUGCCUUGAGUCCUCUUAUACCUACCACUGCUGGGUAUUUUAAGGAUUAUUUGUAAAAGCACUUGACAGCACGAGUGUGCUGCUGGCAGAGUUGCCGGCAUGGUUGUGGACUUAUAACAGAUGCCAAAUAUUGACAAGAAAAUAAGUAAAUUUUAUUUUUAUUCCAAGUUGCUUUAUAAAGUUUAUGACAAGUGAAAACUAAUCCAAAACGCCACAUCUAAAAUAGAAAGAGGCUCUCCAAAGGCACCAAGGUGAGGUCUUCCAAACUCAACCAGUUUAAUGAGAAAGAGCCUGCACUGGAUUUAACAGAUGGCCUCUAUUGGACUGUGUGGGGAGAGAACACAGACUCCAGGUCUGCAGAGCUUUCUCCUGAAAGCUGCUGGCUUUGGAGUGUGGGUCAGGGAUCCAGUGUUUCCAGUUUCUUAGAUCCGCAUUAGCUCUUAGGAUGACGCCAAGGAGACCAUGAUGCACAUGAGUACGUGUUGCUUUGCGGGACAAAGCCAAACUUUUGAAAUGAGCUGGAAGUCUCCCAGGCUUUGCAGGUGGGAGAUAACGGAUGGCAUGUUCAGGCUUCUUAGUUGCGAAACAAGAAUAUUCUGCUCUGAUGGAGUUGAGCAGUUUUGGGAGUAGACCCAUGUAAAUACUGCUUAGUAAGCCCGUCUGGAGGUGUCUACAGUGAGCUGAACAAACGGUGGUGGGCAGCGAUGUGCUUGCCUGGACAACAAGAAAACAAGACUGUCCUUCAGCAGGGAGGCCUGCGCUGGAAUGUGGUAGCCACUGGCUGUUGGGGGAGAAAGUGCUUUUGGAAAGAAAUUCUCCCCCUCUUUUGUAUAAGACUACCUAACCCCCCCCAGAACCCCUCUGUAAUAGUUCAAUAAAAACUCCAUGUUGCUAAGAAUGAUUAAGAAUUAAAAUUAUGAGUACUACUUGCAAUGGAAAUAAGAAACAAAGGCAGGUCACUAGAUGUGAGUACUCAGCUUUCUUCUCUAACAUUUUCUUCCCCAUAUACACUUUUCUUACCUAUAAAACUAGUCUUUCAGUCCUGUGCCUUGUCCCUACCUGUUGGUGUGAAAGAGGAAGUAGUUGCUUUCAUAGCACAAGUACUUGUGAUAUUGUUUCCAGGAGACAUUUAGACUAUGGAUUACUAUAUUGCUGAUAUGUCUUAGGUAGUUACAGUUUGGCAGCAUAUGACACGAAUGAAUGGGAGAAGGAAGUAGGAAUAAUGCAGCAUUGGUGGUAUGAAAAGUGCAGGCUGGGAUUUAACCAGGAAUUGAAGCCUGAUGGAAGUGCUUGGUGGUGGGCAGAAGUUUCCUGACAAAAAAUAUGAUCCCUGUAGAGAUGGCAUUGUGUAACCUCUUCCUUGGCUUGCAAAACAGUGCGAGAAACUGUACAGCUUCUUACAGAAGUGAGUCUUGACUCAUGUGGGGAGAGGAAAAGAGACUGAAACACUCGAUCCAAAGGAGACACCUGUAACAUGUCCCAAAACAAUGCUCUCCUUGUGCUGGAAGCUUUGCCUGGUAGUCUUUUUCCAAUGAUUUGUUGCCUUUACAUGUUAUCUCUUUCCCUGUGCCGGGUUGAGUAACCUAAGCGUUGGAGGUAGCUGUGCUCCGAGCAGGGGUCGGGCCAUGUGACCUGCUGGGAUCCUUUCCAAACUAAAUUAUUCCUUGAUUCUGUGCAACUGUUUGGAAACAAGGGUGACAGUUCUGGGUCUGACACGUGGCACUGGGUCUGACGGCUCCCUGUUCCCAGAAACCCAUUGGUGGCUGGGCUGGCAGAGGGCUGCAGAAAAGCUCCAAGAGCAGCUGCUUGGACUUUGGGGAGUAUGGCUGGCACUGCAAGGACUUGAAAACUCUGGACUUUCUGAGCUGUGGGAGCUGAAAGCCAACUGCAAAGGACUAUUCAAAGGACAAGGAAACCUGCAUGGGUGUCAACAAUCAAAGUUACAUAUGUGAAACGGGCCACUGUUGUGGACAAUCCCAGUGUUGCAACUACUACUAUGAACUCUGGUGGUUUUGGCUGGUGUGGACCAUCAUCAUCAUCCUCAGCUGCUGUUGUGUUUGCCAUCACCGACGCACCAAGCAUCGUCUCCAGGCCCAGCAGCGGCAACACGAGAUCAACCUGAUCGCAUACCGGGAAGCCCAUAACUAUUCAGCCCUGCCGUUUUAUUUCCGGUUUUUGCCAAAUUAUUUACUACCUCCCUAUGAGGAAGUGGUGAACCGACCGCCGACCCCACCACCACCAUACAGUGCCUUACAUCAGCAGUGCGUCCCAGCAGGCAGCAGUAGCACAAUCCCAGACACGCCAAGAAACCUACAGCCAGCACAGAGCAGCUCAGCAGCACCCAGUGGCAAUAACAGCAGUACUGACCACCCCGGGUCCCCUGGCCUCGGGGACCCCGAGCCCUCCACCACCACACUUGAGCGAGCAGUUGCCAAAAUGCAAAGCAUUGAGCCUGGUGGCACCAGCACAGGAGCUGAGCUGGUGGAGAGGCCCAGUCCUGGUAAGGAUACGGAGUGCAAGGAGGAACUGCUCAAAGCUUACAGCUCUGAGAGCUUAGAGCAGAGCAGCGCCAUUCCCGACGCGAAGGACAAGACGCCGGGCAGGCAGCGCCGCUUCACCGGCGACUCGGGCAUCGAAGUCUGCGUAUGCAAUCGGGGCCAUCACGACGAUGACCUCAAGGAGUUUGAUGGGCUCAUCGAUGAUGCUCUGGAUGGGCCCCUGGACUUCUGUGACAGCUGCAGCGGCCGUCCCCACGGGGAUGAGGAGGAAGGGCUUUUUAAUGCUGCGGAGGAGCAGCACCGUGAACACAGCCACCACCACCUGCCCCGGCAGCAGGUGUGUGUACUCUUGAACACAAUAAAUGAGCAGGACUCUCCAAACUCUUGUACCAAUAACUCCCCCAGCUAAGGUGACAGAGUGGAAGGGAGAAAAAAAAACAAAGAAAUGAAAGUGGAAUAAGAGGAUGACAACUCUAAUAGGAGGAAAAAAGGUGAUACAACCUUUUGUUAGUUUAUUUCUCUUUCUCCCCCUCCAGUAUAAUUCGAGGACUAGUCCUCGAAGGCCCGGCGUGUGGGGGACGGGUCGAUCUGGGUUUUGUUAAUCGUGUCUGUCCUGCUCUGCAGGGCAGGGACUGGUGUUUCUCAAUGAGACUUUCUAACAAAUGGAAUUUUUCCAAUGGUGAUUUUGGUGAUGGUUAUUACGAGUUUGUUGGUUUUAGUUUUACGAAAACACUGCUUUAUCUCGCAAUCAGUAAAGCUCAGCAGAUCUCACCCUGGCAGGAUACAAAAUCACCAUAAGGCUUCAACCUCCAGGUGUCUUCCCAGAAGCAAGCAGCUUCUGACAGUGCUGGCAGUCAGUAGCCCAAGAGUUCUGGUUUGAUAUAGUGCUCUUGAGGUAUUGGGGAUUUCUUUUCGUUUUAGCUUUUUUUUUUUUUUGUGUGUGUGUGUGCGUGUGUGUGUGCGUAAAGUUUUCCUGAAGCUGAUGAAUGCCUGAACACAUCAGCCCUAUAACCUCUGGUGCUUCAGUGUUUAAGACAGCAGGUAGGAAAUUUCCCACUUGAAGCUGGUGACUGAAGGACCAGUUUCCUCCGGAAGGAGUGUUAGGCUACAGUAAGCAGUUUGAAAAGAAAGGGUUUGCAAAAAUUUGCCUUUAUAUGUCAUUCUUAAAGACAAGCGUAUUCCUUCAAUGCCUCCAAGAGCACAGUUAGAAGUAGAAUCCAGGCAGCUGGGCUGCCUUCCAAGUACUGUGGUCUCCGAAUGACCUUUUCCCGGUGUGCUGCAAAAGGGCUUGGCUUUAUUUUCUUCCUUUCUUUGCACCCCGAGCGCAGCACACUGGAGUUAAGAUGACAAAAAAGAACAGGGCUCUCCUUGGCCAGCGUGCCUUCAAGCUUCAGCGAUGCAUGUUGAACAAAUGGAGACGAGAGCUCCGUCCAUUGUGAAGGGAUGACUUACUAUGUAGAUGUGGAAGACCUGUGCAGUAUUUUUGUUUUAAAUCCAAAAGUUUGGUGCGAUUCUAAUGUUGACCACUUCAAAGAAAUGAAUGUCUGUUUUUCUUUUUCUUUUUUUUUAUGGUGCCAACUGGCUACUGUACAAUGUCUGUGAGCGUGUGUGUGUGACUGCAAUCCAUGCAUGCAAGUCCUACUGGUAAUAUGAAAACCUGCUGUAAGACUGCAAGAAAAUUUACUGUAGCUUUGCUUUAAUAAAUGGUAGAGAUUUUGUUAGUAACAACCUGAAGGAAAAACAAAGAGCUGAAACUAACAUUCCCUGGAGUGCUCGUGUGGAAGAGAGCACAGUUCACACUAUGUAUCUUGUUCUCGGGUUUUCUCCCCGGCCCUUUUAUAAUUAUGGUCAUCCAGAUCAUUACUGUUAUGGGGGGAAAAGAAAAUUGAAAACUGAACUCAGACGUACUCAGAUUUGAUUGAUUGAAAACCAAAAUCAGUUUUAAAUAAGGUGGAAACCAAAAUAUAAUGCCUUUUCUGAUAA